GAAGAGAUUUCUUUAAUCGUGCUUGAAAAAUAUGAAUCUUCACAGCGUGAAUCAACGCCUAAAAUAUAUUUUACCGAUUGAUAUUAGAACGUUUAAUUUUAAUUGUACUGAAAAAAGAGUUUUAGGACCAUUUUUAUACGAACUCCUUGAGAUAUUAACUGAAAGCUAUUUACGGGGCGAAUGGAGCGUUGUCGUGUCGAAGAGCGAGAUUCUAUUAGAUAAAACAUGGGAACAUUUAAACAGUGGCCACUGGAAAAAUGUGUCAAUGAGUUGGAGAUAUUUGUUUUCUUACGGUUCACUUUUUUUGGGCGUCUCUAAAUUGGCCUUAGGGAAUUUUGAUGAUGAAUCAGUUUUACAGGCCACAAAAAGUUUUGACAUGGGUUUAUUGAUGGGUGUUCCUAUUUUAGAUAAUAUUCUCUCGAAAAUAAUAUUAAUAGUUAAUGAAGGGUCAAUUAGCGAUGAACCCCCAUCUAAAGUGCCAAGAGUAAUUGCCGAGAGCAAAACAACAGUAACUAUAGAUCCAUCGAAGGCCGUGCGCCGUGUGGUCUGUCCAUCAUUAGAAAAAUUUAAAAGAGAAUUUAUGGAUCUCAGUGAACCGGUAAUAAUUGAAAAUUGUAUGGAUUUGUGGCCGGCUAGAUCCAAUAGGUUAUGGACUAUUGACUAUAUUAAAAAAGUCGCUGGAAAACGAACAGUACCUAUAGAAGUUGGCUCUAAAUACACGGAAGAAGAUUGGAGUCAGUCUCUAAUGACCGUGGGGGAAUUUAUUGACAAGUAUAUCGUAGGAGAUUGUCAAACCGUAGGCUACUUAGCUCAGCAUCAACUUUUCGAUCAAGUUCCAGAACUCAAAGAUGAUAUUCUUAUCCCUGACUAUUGCUCCAUUACUGACAGCGAAAAUAAUGAUGUAGAUAUAAACGCUUGGUUUGGACCUAGUGGAACUGUCUCUCCUCUACAUCACGAUCCAAAACAUAAUCUACUUUGUCAAGUGUUGGGAUCAAAGUAUAUUCGCCUAUAUUCUAGCAGUCAAUCCUCAUCCCUUUAUCCUCAUGUCGAGCGGAUGCUGUGUAAUACUUCACGAGUAGAUGUCGAAAAUGUGAACGAGGAAGAAUUUCCGUUAUUUACCCAGACUCCCUAUAAAGAAUGUAUACUAACCGACGGUUGCAUUCUCUAUAUUCCACCUAAAUAUUGGCAUUACGUUAAAUCGCUUAGUAUUAGCUUUUCAGUUAGCUUCUGGUGGAAUUGA